AUGAUUAUAGUAGCCUAUAUUGAAAAAACAACAACAACAACAACAAUAGUUGAAAGACUACGAUCUGCUUGGUGUGUAGUGUUUUUUUGUCGACUAGGGUUUACCUGGAUUAAAUUUAAAACCUUUAAUUUAACACAAACCAGAAAAAAUAAUAAAAGCAGAUAUUUUAUUACACAACCAGCAUAUUUAUCGAUUGAAAUAAAUGCUCAUAAUUUAUUAUAUUUUAUUUUACUUGUCAAACAAAAGCAGUUACCACAACAAAUAUUGAAUAUUACUAUGUUUAACCCGCAAGCUCGUGAAUCAAUUUGUAGAAAUACGCGAGCACUAAGCGGAAUUUAUUCAACCAUAGUCAACUUUACAGUAUAUGAUUUUCUACGACGUGCCCAAAUAUUAUCAUUAUUGAAUGACAUUAAAUGUAAACAGUUACAUAAUGGUUCAGUUGACAAGUUAGUCUUUCCGGUUCAUUAUAAACAUCGGAUUGAACGUCAAUCAUCAUUUACACACAGUCAAAUUGAAAUUGAUGAAAUAGAUAUGGAACAAGUUAUUACUGAUGCCUAUCAUCAUGUUGUUGAUAUUCUUGAAGACGAUCAAGUAUUUGAAAGUGACGAUGACAAUGAUGAAGACGGAGAGGACACAACAAAUGAUCUCAGCAUGAAUGAGGACAAUGAUGAUAGCUCUAUUAACAAUGAUUACACUAAUGAAGAUGAACAAAAUAACACUCAAGAUUUAAUAAAUACUACAACGAAAGACUUCUCUGGAGUAAAAGUUGCUGAUAAAGUGGAGCCUCAUAUUGAACAUACCUAUUUUAAAGCGAAAUAA